UGCGCGCUGGGCGGCGGCGGCUCCCGGGCAGGAGCCAGCGGAGCAGGUGGGGGCUACGGCCCCGCCUCCGCGUCCCGGCAGCACCAGAGCUGGUGGCUGCGGAGCGAGCGCGGCGCACCGAGCGCAGCACCGAGCGCAGAGCGGCCGCAGCGGCGCCGCCUGGAACACCGGCGCUGCGGGACGGAGCCCGGAGCCUGGAGGCGGCGGCAACGGCGGGGACUCUGGCCCGAGCUCCAGUCCGCUCCGGCCCCGAGCUCCGCCAGCUGAAGGGCAGAAACCAUUCUUUGGGAUCAUUCACAAGCAAGAGACAGCGACGCUGUGACAUAUGCCAGUGCCACCGCCACCACCACCCCCUCCUUUGCCUCCACCUCCCCCGCCUCUGGGGGCUCCUCCACCUCCCCCGCCUGUGGGGGCUCCUCCCCCUCCCCCGCCAUCAGCACCUCCGGUAGGUACAGACACUUCAGGCUUGAGAAAGGCAGAUCCCAAAGGUCGGAGUGCACUGUUGGCUGAUAUCCAGCAAGGAACUCGCCUACGAAAAGUCACGCAGAUCAAUGACCGCAGUGCCCCACAAAUCGAGAGUUCCAAAGGAGCCAACAAAGACGGGGGAGGUUCUGCAAACUCUCGAGGCGGAAGCACACCCCCAGCCCUGGGAGAUCUGUUUGCUGGUGGCUUUCCUGUGUUGCGACCAGCAGGCCAGAGGGAUGCAGCAGGUGGCAAGACAGGGCAGGCCCCUGGCUCCCGAGCGCCUUCUCCGCGGCUUCCCAUCAAAACUAUCAGCGGGCCGCUGAACCCUCCAGCCUCUCCCAGGCUGGGCAACGCCUCCGAGGCGCAUGGCGCUGCCAGGACAGUCCCUCCUCGCCCCAGCGUGCCCGCCCCACCUCCUCCCACCCUGCCCCCACCUCCCCCGCCCUUACCCCCACCCCUGCCCCCUUCCUCCCCCAUCAAAGCUCCGCUGGUGUCCCCACUUGGCUCCCAGAGCAAAGGGAAUGCCCCGGGAAUUGCACCCCCCAUGCCCUCCACACCUCCCCCUCCGCCACCUCCGCCAACCCCACCCCCACUUCCCCCGACCACCAUUCUCAGUGACAAGGCAGCGAAGCCUCAGCUGGCCCCCUUGCACCUACCGCCCAUCCCACCCCCACUCCCUCUCCUCCCGCCUUGUGGGUACCCCGGGCUCAGUGCGGAUGUUGCCAGCCCCACCCAAGAUGCUCGGGAGCCUUUUGCCCCGCCGCCCCCACCACCACCACCUCCACUGCCCAUCUACGCCUCAUGUACCCCGAGGUCCUCAGUGCCUGCGUCCCCUUCGCUAGGCACUAACAACAGCAGUGAGGCGCCACCCCCGUUGCCCCCUAAGUCCCCCAGCUUCCAGGUCCAGCCACCGAAGCCCAGCGGGCAGACCUUGCCAGCACCGCCCGCCCCUCCGGGGUCUCAGAUCUUCCUGCAGAAGAAGAGGCCAGGUCGAGGCCCAGGGACCAGUGGGGGGAAGCUAAAUCCACCCCCAGCACCUCCUGCAAGAUCACCCACCACGGAGCUUUCAAGCAGGAGCCAGCAGGCCCCAGCCUGGACCCCGACACAGCAGCCCGGAAGUCAGCUGCGGAACGGAAGUCUGCAUAUUAUCGAUGACUUUGAGUCUAAAUUCACAUUCCAUUCUGUGGAAGACUUUCCUCCUCCGGAUGAAUAUAAACCAUGCCAGAAGAUUUACCCCAGCAAGAGCCCUAGAAGCCGUACACCUGGUCCCUGGCUCCAUGCCGAGGCGGCUGCACAGAGCUCCGAUGACAUCAAAGGCAGAAAUGCUCAGAUAUCUUUAAAGACACUCCGGUGAGAAGACAGAUGAAGCCAACACCCUGUGAGCACCUGGGCAUCCCCAGGAGAACGGUCUGAACCUCACCAUACUCAAGUUGUAAUUCAUCUGACAUACAGGCUCUGAAUGGAGCAUUUAUUUAUUGUAAAUACGUGGUUUGCACAGGCUUUAAAUCAGUAUUGUAGUCAACGUUUAUUUUUUAAAAAACCACACACACCAUUUCUCCAUUUUGUAAAAUGCAUCUUGGCAUUCGUCGGUCAGUGCAGAUAGAGCCCUGUCCCCACCCACUGUGUCCAUUCCAUGACUGUAAAUAUGCAUGCAGGCUGGCCCUUCCUAGAUUCGGAACCGUUUUUAGAAGAUUCCGUGGUUUGCAAGUAGUCCCAAAGUCAUAGUAUCCACAAUGGCUUCUUAUCGGCAUGAUUUUAUAUGCUCAGCGUACAAACUGCAAAAUCAAACCAAAUAAUGCCUUAUAAAUGACGCAACUCAGAGUAGUGUGUGUCCCUACACCCAGACAAUGCCACACAACCUCCAGUGAACGAGAUGCCAUGUCUCGCUUCCGUUUUUGCAGUACAGGGAAUUUUUUUUUCGCUGCCUAAUGUAAAUAUAACACAAAAUAAAGGCAGGAGUGGACUUGGCCCCUCCAAUGCUGACUACAGGGCCCCUUUUGUAACUGAAUGAUCCUACGAGUAGCCAAUGCUCUGUUUACAGUGCCCCUUACGCCCAAGUCCCCGAGACUUUCCUCCUGUUCCCUCCACGUUCCCAGGCCCAUCCUGGCUGUCAGGGCGAGGUGGGUGAGCUUUAGGAGAUUUCGGUAUUUCCCCUGCAAGUUAGAAACCUGCAUAACUCAUGAUUAGAGUAAAUUACUCAUCCUAUCUCAGAGGUCUCCCUCAACCUCACCCCAAGUGCAGGAUUUCCAUGGAAAAUAUGACUUGAAAAAGUGUAGACCGAAACGUAUUAUGAAAUAAUCUUCCUCCGUCCCGACCCUUGGGAAACCUGGAACCAGCUAUCAGGCAAAACCUCGCUAAAUUCUGAGCUAAAGAGAGAACCUAACCUCCUGUUCCCCGUGGUGGUCACCUCUCUGUGGGGGGAGCAUUGUGUAAAUUAGGCCACCCCUGAAUAUGGACCAUGUCAGGAUGGGCUCUGACUGCUGCUCUCACACCCUUUGUCUUGAGCUACUUGCCACAUGACCCCAAAUGCUCCCUGUCCUUGGAGAGGAAGGCUGUGACAGAGGAAGGGGGCAAAAUAGAAAGAAACAAAAUGAUCCCUGGUCUGUGCUCAAAAUAGCUGCAGAUUAAAGGAAAUCAGGGAGGGAGAGGCGGGAAGAGCAGUGAAAAAUAAGUUUCCUUUGGAACCAUCCACUCAUGCGCUCCCACCUCAAGGAUAUCGUGCCCAGACCAAGCCACCCCAAAAAAGUAGACAGAGAGGAGGGUUUGGGCAAACACGUGACCACAUACACCUAGCUGUGGUCUGGAGUAAAGCCUAAGAUGCUAUCCUACAUUAUUAUCAUGCUUCCUCUGUCCAGAUAGAAGCAAGUGAGCAAGGUCAAGUUCCCUUCUCUGGGGAAUACAUCAUGCCAAAUUGUAACAGCUAAAUCAAUGGAAAAGAAGUUUUUCCAGGUCAUCAGCCCUGGGCAUCGCUGAUUUGUUUCAUUGGUUCUGUGAAGGUUUCCGAAAGGUCAGAAUUUCUGAAUUAUAAUAGGAUCCACUCCACCUCCCUCCCAGUUGUACAAAAUGACUACAAAGGUUUUAAUGAUCGUGGUUAAGAAGGCUUUACACGAAGGCAGUCCCACCCUCAGCAUGCACUGCCUGCCCCGAUGAGCUGUGUAUAUGAGUGUGUUCUGUACCCCUGGGAUAGAAAUUAAAAAUACAACCAUUCAAGGACGGAGAGAAGGAAUGAGCAGAAACCAAAAAUCGCAAUUAGCGAGAAAUCUCAGGAAUCUGGCAUCGCAUCUCUCCUGGAGACCUGUCACUGAAUUCAGACACUAUGAACAUGUGCUGGUACACCGAGCCCCUCUGGCAGGACAAAGGUUUGUCCCUUGACUAUACACUCACGUAUACGAGCAUCUGUGUCACAGCACCCCAACCGUCCUCGCAUACUCUCGCUGACACUCACCUGUGCUCCCCCGGUGUUCUACGUGUAUUUUAUAUUUAUGGAUGUUCCCUCAGCAGAUUCAUUUCUUUGUACCUAAUAAACUUCAAUAAGUGGAAAUGCUUCUGGUCGUUUCCUUAUGAAAA